AUGUUUUGGAGAGAUUUUUUGUUUAAAAUUGAAUAUCAAAAUGCGAGAAGGAAAUUGUUAGGUUUAAGUCUUCAACAUCGUUGGAAUCCUGGUCGUUAUGAAGCGCGUCUUUGUAGACGAAGUUCUCUUCGUUUACUUCGAUUAUUGAAUUCAAAUAAUUCUGGAAAUUCUCAACAAUCAAUUGGAGGGACUUUAUCAAUUCCUGGAUUGAGAGGACUUGUAAAUUUGGGAAAUACUUGUUUUAUGAAUAGUAUUAUACAAACACUUGUUCACAUUCCAAUGCUUAGAGAUUAUUUUCUUUCAGAUCAACAUAACUGUAAACUCUGUUCUCUUACACCAAAUUCUGAUUUAAAUACUUGUUUGAUGUGUGAGUUAUCACAUAUAUUCCAAGAAUUUUAUGGUGGUGAAAGUCUUUAUUCUCCUUUUGUACCAAAUAGGAUGCUACAUUUGGUCUGGACGCAUGCAAAACAUUUAUCUGGUUAUGAACAACAUGAUGCACAUGAAUUUCUUAUAUCAGCUUUAAAUAUAUUACAUAGGCAUUCUGAAAGUCUUUCAAUGAAACAAAAUCCACAUGAUUGUAAAUGUAUAAUCGAUCGUUUAUUUACUGGGCAAUUACAAUCUGAUUUAACAUGCACAAAAUGCGGAAGAAUUUCAACAAAAUUAGAUCCAUAUUGGGAUAUUUCUUUAGAAUUAUUAAAUGGAAAAACAGCAGCAACAACAACAAUUAGAGAAGAAACAUUAACAGAAAAAUUAAAAGAAGAAGAAAAUAGAAGAAGUGAAUCUGUUGGAAGUAAUUCUUUAUGUUCAACAACAACAACUUUUAUAUCUAAUUUAAAUAAUGAGGAAAAUAAAAAUGAAUUAUCUUUAGAAGAAUGUUUAUUAAGUUUUGUCCGAGCAGAAAAUUUGGGAACAAAAAUUAAAUGUGAACGUUGUGGUACUUAUGAAAUAUCAACAAAACAAUUAACUUUAAGAAAAUUGCCAAUUGUUGCUUGUUUCCAUUUAAAACGUUUUGAACAUGUCAAUACUUCAAAUAAAAGACAAAAAAUAAUUAAACCUUUUCGUUUUCCAGAGUCUAUUGAUUUAACUCCAUAUACAACACCUUACAGGAAUAUUCAUGAAGGUUGUAGUAAAGAAAUGAGACAAACUAGACAAAAAUUAACAUCUUUAAGUAAUCAAUAUUCACUAUUUGCUGUUGUUAACCAUACUGGUUCUACAGAAAGUGGACAUUACACUUGUUAUGUUCGCCAUCAAAGAGAUAAUUGGUUUAAUUGUAAUGAUCAAAAAAUUAGAAAAGAACGAUUAGAAGAUGUACUUUCGAGUGAAGGUUAUUUACUUUUUUAUUGCAAAAGCUUUAUUGAUUAUGACUGAGACUGGAGAUAUAUUAACGAUUUAUAAUUUUUUGUAAUUUGUGAACGGGGCUUUAAAUGACGGGCUUUUUGAUAUUCAAAUUGAAUAUUUUUAUGCAUUUUUUAUUUUCUUUUUUAAAUUUAUAAAAAAAAUUAGAAUUGAAAAUUUUUAUACUUUUCAGAUCUUUUAAAUAAUUUUGAGUCAAAAGAUAAAAAUAAGAAAAGGAAUGGCUUAAAAAGAAAAACAAAAACUUAACCAAAAUUGGGGGAUAAUAGAAAAUAAUAAAUAGAAAAUCG